AUGCGAGUGAUCCGGAAUGAAGUCACUCAGCAGGCGGAAAGAUAUAGAGAGCGCACGAAGAAAUACUAUGAUGACAAAAAGGCGGUGGACAAGUCUUAUUCGGCGAGAGUAGGCGGAAGAGUUUUCGUGAAGAUGCAGCCGCGAGAGCGGAGCCAUGCAAAACACCUCAAGAUAGCAUUCAAGUGCGACGGACAAAUUUCUCCGAGUGUGAACGAACGUCCUGGCUCCCCGUUGUCAUCUCGUCGCUGUAGUCAGAAGAUUAUCGUCUCUCAUCUCAUACCUUCGGUGCCACCUCCAGCAGCUGGCGAAAGAAUCCAGUGUGUUCUGGAUGCGGCAAGAGUGUUAGCUGUUUGGAAAGGGGCAAAGACUACUCUGUUCUACUACAGGUCUUUCCGUGAAGUCCGGCGUAGUAACAACAUGUUGUUCGCUGGUGGAGUUAGAACCGUUAUGUGGGUGAUGCCGCCAAAGGAACCUGAGGAUGCUUUCUCGUGGAUUCAGUUCACUGCAACGGUUGACCUUUGGUUAUCCUACGGAGCGCAUGUUUGGAUGGUGAAUGGGCCCCGCUCAUGCGAUGACGUAGCUGGAAUUGUAUGA